AUGGCCUUUAUGGGCCUAAUGAACAGGGUGUUUAGGCCGUUUCUGGAUUGCUUUGUCAUUAUAUUCAUAUAUGACAUUUUGGUGUAUUCUCGAACCGAGGAAGAGCAUGUGUGGCAUCUAAGGAUAGUGUUACAGACAUUGAGGGAGCAUCAGCUGUAUGCAAAAUUUUCAAAGUGUGAGUUCUGGCUGGAGAGCAUCCCAUUCUUCGGACAUGUGGUCUCUAAGAAAGGUAUUUGGGUGGACUCUAAGAAAAUUGAAGCAUUAACUGAUUGGUUUAGACCUACUACAGUCACCGAGCAUGGUAAAAUAGUGACUUAUGCUUUAAAGCAGUUAAAGAAGUACAAGCAGAAUUACCUCACUCAUGAUAUGAAAAUGGCGGCUGUAGUACGCUACACUAGUGAGCCACAGUUCUAUGGAUCAUUUGAGGGUUUCCAACUCCUGAAGCUUCCAUAUAAGUCUGGCCAAAACAAGAAGCAAUUUUCCAUGUAUAUCUUUCUUCCUGAUGAGAAAGAUGGCUUACAAGAAUUAAUACAGCAGCUUAAUUCUGAUUCCAGAUUGUUAAAUAAGCGUUGGGAUCUUCAGCAAGUGGAACUUUCUGUGAUGUAUAUUCCCAAGUUGAAGUUCUCCUAUGAGAUAAAUACUAAGAAAAUUAUGAAAGAAUUGGGAUUGACCAAGAUUUUUGAGAACAACCGGGAGAUUACAGAGAUUGUUGAUAGUCCAGAGCUUUAUGUCUAG